UCCUUUCCUUCCCUCUCCUCUCCUCUCUCUACUGCCUCUCCUUCCCACCCUCCCUCCCUCCCACCUUCUCCCAACACACACUUUCCCCAUGGUGACACAAAGGCAUGUUGUCAACCCAGCAGCAAUGCAAGGAAUGAAUGACUAAUCUCUUGUCAACUGGCAGACCUUCAGCCACGACCGUUUUCUAUGACCAGAACGGCCGCACCCAGACUUCUCUAGAACCGCGGUGACAGCGGAAUGCACAAACACCGUGUGAUGAAAACGCCAGUAAUGACACCAUUGAGAGAAAAAAAAUGCAUACAUCCCGAUCGCUACUUCAAGAAGACCCAGACAACAGAUAUUUCCCUCUCACCUUCCCUUCCCUCCCCCUCAAAAAAAGGAAAAAUAGAUAUAUAUACUGAAAAUUGAAACAUGAAAGCAUGACCCCUUCUUCCACACUGCAUGAACGGUACAAGUACUUAAUCCAGCACUGACUGAUCACCUACGUAUAGUUCAGAUGGUCGAGAGUUCUGUCCUUUCUGCCCACCUGUGCAUGACACUUCUGCAUGAUUCUAAGGACCAGCUGUUAACUCCUCCUUCUAGUUCUUCAGCGGUUCAUGAGGGAAGGGGGUCCUGACGCGCCGCCGCCCCUCGAGGACGUGCUGGCGCUGCCCGACCCGGCCGGCUCGUCCGCCUGGGUCUACCACCCCGAGGAGGAUAAGAACCCGACGGCCCUCUACCCGAUGGGCCUGGACCUCCUCUCGGACUUCCCCGACGGCAGCCGACGCCCGCCCGCCCGCCACGCGUCCUUCGCCACGCCGCGCUACGCCCGCGUGCACCAGCGGCCGCAGCGCGCGCAGAGCUUCGCCGUGCGGCGCGACGCCAGCAUGCCCGACGUGUACCCGGCGCGGCCGAGCCCCGUCGUGUGCCCCGAGCUGCCCUUCAGCACGCUGUCGUCGCAGUACGCGCGCCCCAACGCCCGCCGCAUCCACCGCUCCAACUCGGUGAGCGGGCGCCUCCUGCUGGGCGAGGACGCGGGCGCCGCCACGCUCAGCCGCAAGUUCCACGCCUGCUCGCUCGACGACCUGGACGCGGCGCCCGUGAUCGAGGUGGGCACCUUCCCGCGCGACCGCAGCGUGUCCGAGCAGAGCCUCGUGUCGUCCUUCCAGGAGCUGCCGCCCGGCGGGGGCCUCGCCGCCCACGUCCACCGCGCCGCCAGCGUGCAGGAGCGCCUGCUCGACGGCAAGAAGGUCCUCACGUCCUUCGGCCCCGUCAGCAGGCCGGCGGUGCGCGUCGUCAAGCCCAAGGGCCCGGCGCCCCCGCCGCCCAUCAAGCCCAAGCCCAAGCUGCAGACGACGCCCCUGGUGCACCGGCCGCCGCAGGACUACGACGACGAGGAGCCGCGCGCGGCCCGCGACGAGGACGCGCUGGCCUACGACAGCGCGCAGAUCUGCGCCGCGGAGAUCGCGCCGGAGCCGCCGGUGCGCACGGAGAGCCUGCUGCGCGACGCGCACCCGGGCAUCGCCAAGCGCAUCACGGCGCUCGAGCGCGCGCUGCCACUGCCGGUCAUCGAGGAGAACAUCAAGAACACCCGCAAGCGGCCGGCGCCGCAGCCGCGCAGCAUCCUCCCGCCGCACUCCGACGGCGAGUCCUCGCGCGAGGCGUCGCUCACGCGCCCGCAGGACCGCCGCCCGCCCAAGCCCGAGAGCGCCAAGCCGCCCAAGCCGGAGGCCGCCAAGCCGCCGCGGCCCGAGGCGCGGAAGCCGCCGCGCUCGUCGCUGCUGGAGAAGCCGCCGCGCCUCGCCGGCAAGAACACGACGCUCGCGCGCCCGGGCGCCGCCGCCCACGCCGCGCCCGCCAAGCCCGAGCGCAAGCGCGCCGAGGGCGACAGCGCGGCCAACCUGCGGCGCCUGGAGGAGGUCCUGACCAACAUCCUGGACCACGGCGCGCCGCCGCUCCUGCGCGCCACCAAGUCGGACGAGAACAUCGCGGAGAGCGCGAAGGCGGCGGACGCGAAGGCGCCGAAGGGCAUCCUGAAGAAGGGCCCGCGGGCGCCCUCCAAGCCCUCCAAGUACGAGGUGGCGCACCGCGAGGCGCUCGAGGACUCGCGCGCGCUGCUCGAGCGCCUUCCGCGCGGCGAGCUGCAGCGCAACAAGAUCGUGCUGCGCGUGCCGUCCUUCCGCACGGCCGGCUGCCAGACCGAGGCCUACCCCGUGCGCCGCCGCGCCUCCUGCGCGCAGACCAACCUCAGCGUCGCGCCGCGCUACCGCACCGACGCCGCGGCGCCGCCCGUGGCCAAGCCGCCCGCGCGGCGCCGGCCGAGCGCUGGGGCAAGGGCGGGCGGCGCGAGGAGCCGCAGGCGGCGGCGGCGACCGACGGGUCGUCGUCGUCGGGCUACUCGUCGCCCGAGGUGAGCAGCAAGGAGCCGUCGCCGCCGCACUCGGGGCCGCCGUCGCCCGCGUCGUCGUCCGCCGCGCCCAGCGACGAGGACGAGCGCCGCUGCGGCGACGCCAACGUCACCGUCAUCGAGAUCAACAAGGGCGAC